AUGCUGAAAAGCUCACGAAUACCACUGAAAGGUAGGACAUUGGUCCCAUGGGCAGUCCGGACGCGGCAUUUCCAUGCUUCUCGUAAAACACAAUUCGAACUUAUAUCAUUAGUCGAACCAGUCCAUGAUGCGUUUCAACACCUUCACACUUGGUCUGGCUUGGAAUGGCACGCUCUGAUCCCGCUGACUACGAUCCUGCUACGAAGCACUUUUACUCUACCGAUCAGCAUUUUAAACCGAUUAAGGACCCGAAAACAAGUGGAAUUACAGCCUCUCUUAUCUGGUAUGGGACCCAUUCUCAAGGCUCGGCUGGCGUCUUCAAAAGCUGCCCAACAGGGUUUAUUGACUAGGGAACAGAUUGAGGUCUUGACUGUCAAAGAAAAGAGAAAACAACGGAUAAAACUAUUUAAAAAGUUCAAAUGUCAGACUUGGAAAAAUUUAACUUUACCUUUGGUACAAAUCCCAAUCUGGAUAGAAAUGUCGAUGGUUAUCAGAUCAAUGUGUGGAUGGUCUGCUCUUAAAGGUAUUCCAAGUGAACCGAGUUUUCUCUCUGAUUCUUUUUGGUGGUACUCCGACUUAAUAGUAUCAGAUCCAUAUUACGCUCUACCGCUAGCAAUUGGUGCUGUCAGUAUGGCUAAUAUUGAGUGGAAUGUGCUCUCAAAUCUUAGUCCAGCCGCCAGACGAGAACGAGAACUAAAGGAAGUUGCUCGUAGUAAUCCCGAUAGUGAAAAAGAACUUACAAUGGCUGGACAGUCUGGUGUUUCUGGUCCUAGUAUACCCGUCAUUUUGACCAACAUGGCCAGAGGAGGAACUAUUAUAUUUAUAACUAUUGCCAUGCAAGCACCGACUGCCCUCUGUCUGUAUUGGUUUUCUUCCAAUGCCUAUUCUCUGGUUCAAAAUAUCCUCCUUGACAAAUAUCUACCUAUCACUGAUUCACCUCAACCGCUGCAAAUAUCGGCUGAUACCAUGAAAUUAGACGACCCACGAUAG